CUGCCGCCAAAACUCCUCAUCUGCUCCCCCUUGGCACAUCCGCACUCCUUCCUGAAAAUUACACCAGCUCGUUGGAGACUUGGAGCCCGCUGCUAGCUUGUCGCUAGAUUGCUUUCUAGUGUAGUUUGGCUAGUAACGAAAUGUGGACAAGUCCGAGUUCGCGGCGUGAAAUCCAUGAAGAAAGUGCAAUGCUAACGGACACUUUUCGCUGAUGUAGUUGCACCGAACUGCUUGGGAUAGUGUAGUGUAGUGCGUUGUGCUCAAUUGGAGGUUAUCAAAGGAAAUGCAUUGAUAGUGGCAAUCACUUUGGGUUCCUUGUGCUUUUGGAUAGUGAAGUGUAGUGGAGAGAUAGCUGUUAGUAUAAUUUACCCGUCCAUAUUCAUAGUGUAGUGAUUGGCUUGAAUCAGGAGUCAUCAGAGGGAAGAUGAACGAAGGGCAUCGACCGCAAUUGAAGCCAGGCGCCCAAAAGGCUCUGCGGUGGUUAGAAGGUAGCGUCCUUUUUUGCAUGGUGGUUAUAAUGAUGACUGCUAUCCUAUCUAUCACUGGAGCUCAAAACUUAUUCCAAGCAUUUGAUGGUAAUUGUAUCUAUGCCUGCAAUAUAAGCUUCGUGCCCCGUAAUGAAAAUGCAACCGCAAUUCUAAAUAGUACUUUAAGCAGAACACAGACGUCAUCCUCGAAGGAUAACGCAUCUGUGAUAACUUCUACGACGGAAGCAGUAACUGAAUCAUCAACGACAAGAGAGACAACACUGCGUCCCAGAAAAAUUCACCACAUUUUCAGAAGUUUGGAAUCAGAAUACCCCGAAGAGGAUGAACCCGAUACCGAAGAAGAAACAGCCACUGCGCGUGCCUUGGACAUAUCUAGGGACCAAGUUCGAAAUGAAGCCGAUUAUAACUUUUUAUCCACAAUGAAAGUUGAUAUUGUAAAGACGCUUUGGGCAUCUGUUAGUUUUUGUGAUUAUGUCUUAUAUAAUCAAAUUCUAUCUGCGAUUGCUGCCAUGGUGUGCACUACUAUGUUGAUUUUGUACAACUCAUCGGGAAAAUCCCAACUGGACUGGGGAAUCCCCAGACCUUGGAGGAUAGUUUUUCCCGCUGUGAUAGCUUUUGGAGUAAUGUCGAUUGUAUCAUUGAUUCACUUACUGGUGAUGAAUAGCGCCUAUAGAGAUUUCUGUGGUGGAUUAGCCAAUAAUCUCGAAACUAAAACUUUAAAAUGUAACAAAUUAAUAAAUGCCUUACGUCCUGCUAUAAACGAUACAUGGAUAACGCCUGGGGACAACUACACAAUUCACACAGUAACUAUCCGAAUAACGUUGGUGGCCUGGUUCGCUGCAUUCCUUAUAAUGCUCGCUCGGAUGAUCUUCAUCAUUGACUUUCGAUUAGUGCGAGUCAACUUACCGGCAUGCGCGCAGAGACGGAGAUCAACCACAGUAGAAUCAAUCUCAUCGGAAUCCGUUGAGGUUGUACAGAAAACUGGAAAGUUAGAAGCAGCAGCCUCGAAGUCUUUAGAACCAGCACGGGCAGAACAAAGCCUUUCCUCACGAGAGGAUGUAGACGAAUUCCAAAGUGCUUAUUCCCAUUUCGAACCGACGUCCACACAACCAACUUCCCUCGAACCACUUCUUCCUAACCAGACUCCGCGAAAUUCGCAUGACUUUGAUGUCUAGCAAUUGAUCGCGGUAGUUUUAUCCAAUGGAGACGCAUUCAUUCAGGGAUUUUAGAAAUGUACAAAUGUUUUCUUUUAGAUUUUUAUUUUAAGUAACUUUAUUGUAACACGACUUUGUUGGAAGUGUAAUAAACUUAUUUUAUUGUUUUUAAGAA